GCAAUUACGUUCCUAACCUAAAUUAAAGUAACCUAAAUGAAACACGCCUUAUAUUAUUUGUGAAACCAGCUACACGAUCUGAUAUAGUUUUUUGGUUUCUUACAAAAUUUUACAUCACAUGGAUGAGACGAUUUACUGAAACAUACAACAGCAUUUCUGGUUAUUAAGUGUUAAAUGUUACAAAGAAAUUUAUGGUACAUAUAAACGCGAACACUCAACAAUGACGAACAGCUGGCAAGAGCAAAGCAUGAAUGGGCCUGUAAAUUCAAUGGAUCUAGAACAUCACGAGUUUUUAAAGCGCAUAAAAAAGUCAUUGUACUAUUCUAAAUUACCAAAAAUUAACUGUCUAAGUUUACCAGUCACUGAAUUGGCAGCUGAGCUUUUUACAGAAGUGAAGAGUGGUCAUACAUUGGAAAAACUCGAUGUAGAGGAAGCAAGCAAAAUAUCUAGAAAUGCAUGUGUUUCUCCUUGCUCACUUGUAUUGGCUUUGCUGUACAUUGAAAGAUUAAAGAACUGCAAUCCAGAAUAUCUUCAGCAAGUAGCACCAUCCGAGCUGUUUUUAGUUUCUUUGAUGGUAGCCAGUAAAUUUCUACAUGAUGAUGGCGAAGAAGACGAAGUUUUCAACAAGGAAUGGGCAAAUUCUGGACAAGUGACUGUAGCUCGGAUGAAUAAAUUGGAAAAAGAUUUUCUUGCUGCAAUCGAUUGGACAGUACUAGUGCAGCGUCAAGACUUUUGGGAAAAAUUGCAACGACUAGAGAAAGACGUAGCAUAUCGAGAAGUACAAAAACGUGGAUGGUGUUCGUAUACAGAGUUGAAUUGUCUGUUAAAUUCCGUUCAACUUAUUGCAAUCGCACAAACUCUAAUAAAUGUCUCCUCCAUCUGCUUGGCGACCUAUGCUGCUGGUUUGGUGACUCUUGUGGGAUCCACUCUGAUUGCCCAUUUCAUUGUACAAAGUUGUUUACCUGGAGCGUCGCUAGAUCCGAGACAAUCUGUGAAUCUGCAAACAAAUUUAAUGUCAACCGAUUUAUUGAUAAAUACACAAUCCCAAGAAAUCAACGCCAACAAUCUUCCAAUAUCCGAUUCGUUGAUUCUGGAUGAGAAUCUUGAUUAUUCUACAGAGGUCGAUCACGAUGAUGAUAAGGAUGACAUAGUUGGUUGGCAAUGGUGGCUGAAUUCCAUGAUGACUUGGCUGCCCGAGUACUGUAUUUUGGAGAACGAUAUCGAAUGCACGAAUUCCACUAGAUUAAAUAUUACCAACGCUAAAUUCUCGUUUAAUUCGACGCAAGCUUUAAAGAUAAGGAAGAUAGAAAAGAUAGACAAGAUGAAGGAUUUUGCACCAGAAGACUAUCGUCGUAACGUGAAUUGGAAGGAAGCAUUAGGAAACAUUGUAGUUUCAAUUAGGCUAAUGAUUGAAAACGGUCGGACAUAUUAUAUUAUAAAAGUCGUUCAGUCAUCGAUAUUUUUAAAUAUUUACUAUUAUUACAUGCAAAACAUGGUGUACCUGCAUUUUCCGUCAAAUUUAACCGAAGAAGAGCUGAUGUUGCAAGCCAAGUACAACAAACUCAAGAGAAAGAAAAAGGCGCUGCAAGAUUUAAAGUCCCCUAAACAGGAAGUAGAACGUAUUCCUCAGGCACCAAAACGGCCUACAGAGGCAAGAGAUGCUCGUGAAGUGGCUAAGAAAUUAAUCAAAUCUGGUGUGAUCACAGCUCCAAAGACUCCUAAACGACCGGAGCAAACUUUCAAGAGAUCUCGCGGGCUGGAAAGGAAAUUAAACAGUACAGAAAAAACUAUUAGUUCUUAUCAACCAUUUUCUGCGACACAAGAAGAAGAAGAAACAGAAGCGGUGAGACCAAGAGUAAAAGAUUUGUACAAUAGCUUUGUUGGUGCUCAAGACACUGGAGAUAGGAAUGUCGGCGACACUCAAUCUCCAGUUAAGCAAGAAGUUAAACCACGUGCAGGAAAUACAAUAUUUGUAUGUGGCUACAAGAUAACAGAAGAUUAUCUCAAGAAACAUUUUCAAACUUUUGGAAAUAUUGUUAAUAUUUCAAUGGAAGUAGAAAAAAACCGUGGUUUUAUAACUUUUGAAAAAGCUGAGGCAGCUGAAAGAGCAAUAAGUGAAAUGGAUGGUAGUAUGGUCUCUUCGAUUCAAUUGAAAGUAUCAUUAGCAAGAAGACAACCUAUAAUAGAGCCUGUGAGUGAUACUAUGUCUAGUUCUAUGUGGUCACCGAUUGCAGCUAAUUAUUCACAAAAAAGUGCACAUAAAGACAGACGUGAUCUUAAAGUGUAUGAAGAGGAUCUUUUCCAAUAAAUGCAAGUAUUUUUGCACAUUAUUCAUAAAUUUUCAAAUGAAACUUACAACGUUGAAUAAUCUUGUUAUAUAUUUUUCAACAAUUUGUUAUAUUUGAUACUUCUCUUUUGAAAUUUGCCAUUAAUUUAUUUUUUAUAUUACACGUUUCUAUCUCAUUGUGACACAUUAUGUGUCAUUAAAACAAUAAAUUUGUAAUAAAUAUAUAUAGCAAACAUUUUUUAUGAA